CCGAGGUAAGUGGUUAUUGAACAAACUCUCUCCCGGGAAACAGGGGUUCAUUUCCAGAUAAUUUCGUUGCAUCAAAAAUAGUUCUGAGCCCAAAUUUCUGGGACUCGCUAUGGAGUGGCCUAGCGAUAGAAUUCCUCCGGGUGGAGUUUUUCACCCGCCGAAGGUCAAAAGCUACAGCAAGGAUACGCGGAAUUUAAUUAAAGUUCUGAUGGAUGAAGCAAAAUUAACUAUGCUCCAGAGAAAGAACAUAAAUGGCUACUUGAGAACCGGUGAGCCACUGCCAAUGCCCAGAGAAGAGCCAAGACCAAUUAGCAUUUUUGGGGAUUCUGACCGGGAGGCAAGGGAGAUUAUUGAGAGGGCUCGUUGCGCCCGGAAGCGUUCGCUUGAGGAGAUAAAAGCCAGUGGAGCUUUUGAGAAGACGCGCUACAUUCCUAAGUAUCCGUGGAAGGUGCCAUCGGAGACAGCAAAACAUCGCUUGCAGGAAGUCAUGAGUGGUCUGAAGUACUUCCCAGACCCUGAUGCUAAUGCACACAAGUACAGGCACCGCAAGAAGUCCCCGAAGCUGGAGGAGAGAGAUCAAAUUUGCGAACUUCUCAGUGAGAUUCACGAGAGGGCUGAGUGGCUGGCGGAAAUGGAGGCGCUGGGCGAGGGCAGGAGGCAUCGUGAUGUGAUUCACAAUCAAAUAGCGGAGAAAUUGCGACAAAUCAAGAUGCUGGAGAGGCGCAAUCACAGGAGAGAAUUGGAGGAGCAUCUCGAGAAGCAAUUGAGCAAGUUAUCUGUGAAAUCCUCGCACGAUACCACGAAUACAAUUUGAUGUCUCUCUCUCUCUCUCUCUUUCUCUCUCGCUAAAUUGCUAAGAUUAGAAAUUGUAUGCUUCCGGUAUUGUUUUGUUACCGCAGCUCUACUCGACCGCGUCACAUUUUGUCUCGCAGGAGAUAUU